UUUUAGAAAUCAUUAUUAUUCUUAUUGUUCUACUACAAUGCCAUUCGGAGGUGCUGCUCCAGUUGCUGCCGGCGUUUCUGCUCCAGACGCUGACGAUGUUCCUUCUCCAGAUUAUGCAGCCACCUCAGGUCUUCAGCUCGUUCGUCCUCAUAGGGUGAAGUCUUCGUGCCUUACCCUUCGUAACGGCGGAGAUGAUUGCUUCAUGAACGUUGUAUUGCAGCUUCUGAAGCGUGCUUCGUUUGAAGAUCAUCUCCGUACAUGUUGCGUUGGUGAGAUGCAUGAAGAGCUGAGGAAACUGCUCUCUGGUGAAAAAGACGUUGUCGGUCAUCUGAGAGGAAUGCUGAGCAGUAGCGAGCUGCACAAGGGAGUCAAUUCGCCGUCAUUUGCAUUUGUAAUUUUGCUAAAAGACUUGGCUGUAGAGUGUAAGAACGACGCCAAGGUUCCCCAUCCCAUGCGGUACAAGAGCCACGUUGUUUGCAGUGUUCAAGGCUGCACAAAGCCGAAGCCGUCGAAUUGGCCACUUUUCUGUGUGAAAUUGCCAAAAGGAAAGUCGUUCACCGACAUGGUGCUCCAGAAGCCAUGGGAAUGUAAGGACCACUUGGGAAAAUCGGCUAUGAUCGAGAAGAAGAUCAUAGCCGACAAGUUCAACUCGAACUUCAUAUGGAUCCAUGUUGACUCUGCUGAGGGACGUUACAAACAAAUGAGGAUGAAGGACAACCAGGAAUUCAUCAUCUUUGGAGAACAUUGUCGGCUGGUCGGCUUUCUGGACGUUAAGAUAGUACCCGAAGGCUUACACGGAAUCGUUUGGAUACAUAAUGGCGGAGGUUGGAGCCGGGUUUCGGAUCAUCACAAGAAGGAGUUUUGGAGCACGUCAUUCGACAUGGACUCAAUCUAUGCAGGCGCUCUGUUCCUGUUCGAGCGCAAAUAAGAACUUUGUUUUUUAAAUUAAAUAAAUUUUUUUCAAUAC